GUGAAACCAAAGCUGCUUGGGCACUUCGCAGCUUCACGUCAGGAAUUUGAGUGAGAGUAUCUUAAAUCUCGAGUACUUGUAAGUGGACGUCAGUGCAACACGAGUUCGAUUCACUCCGUGUCUUCGCCGAGAUCCAGACAAUCCGCUGGCCGGAAACAUUCCACGCCGCCUUCUCCGUUGUUAAUUUGGGUUUAGAAGCUGCUGCAUCAGCAGGAUAUGAUUUUGCAAAACUUCGGAGACCAGGUUUAGAAGCCGACGAUUCGGCAGGAUUCGAAGGUUUAGGGUACACUGAGCACGAGGGCUUCGACAAAAGAAGUCACGAGGAAGAAGAGGAAGAGGUUACGAGUUGGGUUCCGCGAGGGUUGGCUGUUUUGUUGCGUGAGGUGAGAGAUCUGUGGUUGUGGGGUUGGGUGGGCGGAAGAGGAUUUGUGAAAGGGGGUUGUAUGGUGUUAGAGCAGCUGGGUUUUCGUGAAGAUGGUGUUCUGGGAGGAUUAUGUCAGCGAUGAGGUGCUGGGCACUUUCGCGCCCAUUGUGGUGUACUGGAUUUACUCAGGGAUGUAUCACUACGUGAUUCCACCGUAUGAGAAGUAUCGUUUGCAUUCGGUCGAGGAAGAGGAGAAGAACUUGGUGACUGUGCCGCAAGUGGUUAAAGGUGUGCUGUUGCAGCAAGUGGUCCAAGUCGCUGUCGCUCUGCUUCUGUUUACAGUAACCGGUCAAGAGGGGGUAGUACAGCAGCCACCGUUAUGGAUUGCGGCGCUCCAGUUUGUGGUGGCCAUGUUCAUAAUGGAUACCUGGCAGUACUUCUGCCACCGGUGGAUGCACAUUAACAAGUUUAUGUACAAGCACGUGCACUCCCAACACCACCGGUUGGUGGUGCCAUUCGCCUUCGGAGCGCUGUACAAUCAUCCCUUGGAAGGCCUGCUGCUGGACACUGUUGGCGGUGCUAUCUCCUUUCUGGUGACGGGAAUGACUCCUCGAACGUCCAUCUUCUUCUUCUCUUUCGCCACCAUCAAGACCAUCGACGACCACUGUGGCUUGUGGCUGCCCUACAACCCUCUUCAGCGGAUUUUCAACAACAACUCGGCUUACCAUGACAUUCACCAUCAGUUGCACGGCACCAAAUAUAACUUUUCACAGCCAUUCUUCAGCACGUGGGAUAAAUUAUGCGGGACGCACAUGCCUUUCGAGGUGCAGAAGCGAGUGGAGGGUGGUCUCCAAGCCAUGCCUGUGAAGAAGAUCGAGUGACCACCUCACGCCAUGGGGGUCUUUGUCUCGCGUAUUCGAUUGCUUGUGGCUUGAUUGCUCGCUUGUAUGUUUCAUUAGUUUGGUAGAGAGGAGGGCUGGACCUGGUUUUUACAUUUAGUUUAAUUUAAUUUUAAACGUUAAAUUAUUGCUGGUUGAAUAAUCCCGCAUGCAGGUUGUGCCUUGAGGUAAAGAUGAUAUACGCUACCUGUAGAUCAUUGGCAAACAGGUGGCGUGUCUGCAGCCCAGGGCCUUUUCCUGCCACUUAUAUUUAGGGUUUGUACUUCACGUUCACUGCGUUGUAGACUUGGUUGCGUGGUUGGUACUUGUAGAGAAGCUUGACUUAUUUAGAGCGUAGACAUCAUUAAUUCUUUAUUGGGGUUGCGUGUGUUGUACUUCUGAUUUGGUCUGUUACGAGAUGUGUUGACAGAUUUGAUGUAUUAGUAGUCACUAUGGAACAUGCAGUCAUUUGAGAUGACGACUGUAUUCGUGGACUUUCA